AGCUAGCUCGAAUAAAGGCUCUUUGCCUUUGCAUCGGACUCAGCUCCCUAGUGGUCUUUGGGGAUCAUGAAUUCUGGGCAUAACAUUUGGGGGCUCGUCCGGGAUCCCCAAGACCCCCGAGGGACCCCCGACCCGGAGAGCCUGACUGGCCACGGUUAGUGUCUGUCUGUUUGUUCUGUCUUUUCUGUGUGAGCUCAUUUCUGGAAUUCUGGUAGUGCCCGAUGCGGUCUAAGUGGACGCACUGGAGGACCACGGGCCGGGAGUUUCAGAAGACGUUCCGAUUCUCCCUUCUGGAGGGACGUGGAAUCCCCUCAAAGGUCUGAGACGAGGCGGGUCGCUCCCGCUGGUCGGCAUGAGGCCGUCGUCUUUGGAGGGACGUGGAAUCCCCUCAUCGGUUUUGGAGGGACGUGGAAUCCCCUCAAAUGUCUAAGCUAGCUCUCAGUUUUGCUUCCAUGGAGUUGGAAGACUUUCUAGGGGCCCUCUGUUUGUCUGUUUUUGUGUUUCUCUGUUUUGCUCCGUGGACUUACUGGACGGACGUUAUGGGACAGACUCAGACUACUCCUCUAAGUAUUAUGAUUGAUCACUUUAAGGAUGUGAGGGGAAGAGCUAACAACCUCAGUGUGGAAGUCCGAAAGGGUCGGUUGCAGUUUUUUUGUUCUAGCGAGUGGCCAACUUUCAAUGUCGGAUGGCCACCAGAGGGGACCUUCGACCUCCCUACCAUCUACCGAGUCAGGAGUAUCAUCUCUCAGCCUAAGACGGGCCAUCUUGAUCAGCUCCCUUACAUUUUCACUUGGCAGGACCUUGUAGAAGACCCACCCUCUUGGCUUAAGCCCUUCCUAACCCUGCUCCCUCCGGAGCCAAAACCCAUUCUUGCUUUGCAGGAGACAGAGAAGAGGAAAAGUCUUACCCAGCCUUCAGCACCCCUCUACCCUGUCCUACAGGGGGGUACUGAAGAAGAAUUAAUUUUUCCUCCCCCGUAUAACCCCUCUAGGAUGCCGGAAGAACACCAUCCUCCCCCUCCGGGGAAGGCAGACACUGUUCCGAGAGCGGAAGGCGGAAACGCUCCAGUGGGAAGCCCGCCCUUUACCAGACAAAGGGCUCAGAGGGAGCAAUCCACCUCCGCCUCCGCCGCAGACUCCACUAUUCUGCCCCUGCGAGCCACCGGACCCCCAGACGCGGAGGGGAAUCAGCCCCAUCACUAUUGGCCUUUUGCCACUAGUGACCUCUACAAUUGGAAAGUUCAGAAUCCUAAGUUUUCCGAGAAACCGGCAGGGCUUAUUGAUUUAUUAGACUCUGUUCUUUUUACCCAUCAGUCCACGUGGGAUGAUUGCCAGCAGCUUUUGCAGGUCCUGUUCACUACUGAAGAAAGAGAAAGAAUCCUCAGUGGGGCCCGAAAACUAGUUCCGGGCGCAGACGGGAAUCCCACCACCAACCAGGCUCAGAUAGAGGCCUCCUUCCCCUUAACUCGGCCCCAGUGGGAUUUCAACACGGCAGAAGGUAAGGAGAGGCUCCGGGUCUACCGCUAGACUCUAAUGGGGGGUCUCCGAAUGGCUGCUAGAAAGCCAACCAAUUUGGCCAAGGUAGGAAAUGUACAACAGGGAAAAGAUGAAUCUCCGGCUGCCUUUUUAGAACGGAUCAUGGAGGCAUUCCGUACCUAUACCCCCAUGGAUCCAGAGGCUCCGGAAAGCAAGGCAGCUGUUAUCAUGGCCUUUGUAAACCAAUUGGCCAUAGACAUUAGGAGAAAAUUACAAAAAAUAGAUAGACUAGGAGAAAAAAGUCUGCAGGACUUACUGGUGGUAGCCGAAAAGGUAUAUAAUAACCGGGAGCCUCCUGAGGACAAGCAGGCUCGCGCUAUGGUGGCUGCCAGCAGUAAGCAGAUUCGAGACCUUGCCAGAAUACUACUAGCUACCACUGCUGACUUCCCCGAGGAACGAGACCGCCGUCUCCGGCAGCUGGCAGACGACGCAAGAAAAGGUAAAGGAACCACCAAGGGGGGGAAGCAGAGGCUGCAGAAGGAUCAGUGUGCAUACUGCAAGGAGAUAGGGCAUUGGGCCCGAGAUUGUCCAAAAAGGGCCGGUGGAAAGGGAAGCAAGACUGAUCGAGUAAAAGUCCUAGAGCUAGAUGAACUAAGUGAUUAGGGGAGUCGGGGUUCGGACCCUCUCCCCGAACCCAGGGUAACUCUUAAAGUGGAGGGGACCCCUGUUGACUUCCUUGUCAACACCAGAGCACAACAUUCGGUCCUCUGUACCCCACAAGGAAAACUAGCCAACAAGAAGUCCUGGGUACAAGGGGCAACUGGUAUGAGCCAGUAUUCAUGGACUACCCGAAGAACAGUAGAUUUGGGAAUGGGCCGGGUAUCCCACUCCUUUAUGGUAAUACCAGAAUGCCCCUACCCGCUGUUAGGACAGGACUUACUGACCAAGAUUGGAGCUCAGAUAACUUUCAGACAAGGGGGGCCUCAGGUCACCGAUGGCAAGGGCCACCCCAUCCAGGUCCUGACCAUGAAACUGGAGGAUGAAUACCUCCUCCACCAGGAGGCACUCCCGAGAGAGGAUAAUAUAGACAGAUGGCUACAAGAAUUCCCCUCGGUUUGGGCAGAGACAGGAGGGAUGGGACUAGCCGCUCAUAGGACCCCAGUCCUGGUAGAGCUCAAGCCAGGAGAGAGUCCGGUAAGGAUCAAACAAUACCCCAUGUCUCAGGAGGCCCGGAAGGGGAUCCAGCCACACAUCCGGAGACUACGAAGCCUAGGGGUACUAGUUCCUUGCCAGUCUGCCUGGAACACCCCCUUACUGCCGGUCAAAAAGCCUCACACAAAUGACUACCGACCGGUACAAGACCUCCGGGAAGUAAAUAAGAGGGUCGCGGACAUACAUCCAACUGUUCCCAACCCAUAUACUCUCUUGAGCUCCCUGGCGCCCUCCAGGGUCUGGUAUACUGUACUAGAUUUAAAGGACGCCUUCUUCAGUCUGCCGCUGGCACCCCAGAGCCAACCCUUGUUCGCCUUUGAGUGGCAUGAUCCGGAGGAGGGCUACAGUGGGCAACUCACCUGGACACGGCUACAGGGAUUCAAAAAUUCACCCACCAUCUUCGACGAGGCACUACACGAGGACCUGGUAUUUACAGACACCUUCUCUGGCUGGGUGGAGGCAUACCCAACCAAGCAUGAAACGGCUCAGACGGUGGCUAAGAAGCUACUAGAAGACAUCUUACCCAGGUAUGGUUUUCCUGCCAUGGUAGGAUCAGACAAUGGACCAGCUUUUAUCUCGCAGGUAACACAGGCAGUAGCCAAGGCGGUGGGGGCAAACUGGAAAUUACAUUGUGCUUAUAGGCCCCAGAGCUCAGGACAGGUAGAAAGAAUGAAUAAAACCCUAAAAGAGACCCUUACCAAAUUAACCAUGGAGACUGGCGGGGACUGGGUGACUCUCCUACCGUACGCCCUUUACCGGGUUAGAAACACUCCUUACACUCUGGGUUUUACUCCCUACGAGAUCAUGUUUGGCAGGCCACCCCCUGUUAUUCCCAGCCUUCGAGCUGAACUUAUUGCUGAGUUUAAAGAUCAAGAACUUUUUCUUUCCUUGAGCAGGCUCCAGAGGGCGCAUGAGGACAUUUGGCUGUGCCUCCGUGCCAUCUACAAGGAUGACCUGAUCCCGACACCUCAUCAGUACAGGCCAGGAGACUGGGUCUACGUCAAGAGGCACCACCGAGAGACUCUCGAGCCGCGCUGGAAGGGACCCUACAUCGUGGUGUUGACAACCCCCACCGCUCCCAAGGUAGACGGCAUUGCGACCUGGGUCCAUCACACCCACGCUCAGCCAGCAGACCCCUCCUCGAUCCGGAAGGACGUUGUCACACGAUGGGCCAUCAGUCGGGACCAACACAACCCGCUCAAGCUCAAGCUACAGCGCAUUCGACCUACCUAAUAUUGGUAACUCUGUUAACUCUGCUUGUCAUUGCUCAUGCUGCCGGGAGUCCCCACGCCCCCCAAAACGUCACCUGGCAGAUCAUAGACACCAGCUCGGGGACAAUACUUAAUCAGACGUCCCAGAGCCACCCCAGGGACACUUGGUUCCCAGAACUUUGCGUAAACCUCCAAACUCUGUUCCCCUUGUCACCAUAAAUGCAGCCAGUCCCAUGAUUGGGUCCCUAAGCUACAUGACAAGGGGGGAAUGAAAGGGCGGGCCUAUGCCGGCUGACUCCAUCUUGUUCUGUGUCCUUCACCUUGACCACACCUCCUCCCCUUGAGUAACCCCCCCCCCCCCACCUGCCUAACAGGACUCGGACCCUUCCCCAGGACCCUUUCCCAGCCAAUCGGCUGAGGCCAUAGCCAUUACCUCACCAACUGCCCCUAGGCCCCAAUAAAACCUUUGUCC